AUGGCUUCGGUGAGCACGCUGACGGUCAGCGUGUGCGUGGAGAGUAGACUUGCGGACAUGCUCGUCGUUUCAUACAGAGAUGGCACUUCACUGUACCGAGGCGUGCUAAUGAACACCACACGACAAAAUAUUCCAUGCGGAGUGUACCCUUCAAAGACUGCCGACGAAGAAGCUGACAAACUGUCGCUCGUCUCCCAGCGCAUGACGUAUUUUUGGUCAAAGCCCGAAGGAGCCGAAAGCAAGCCGAAUUUGCGUCGCACAAUCAUUCCACCGGCCAAGUUCCGUGAAGCUCGGUCGUCCCGUCUGAACGUUCGCCUAAGACCUCGGAAUGUGCUUUGCUCCAAAUGCAGAGCCGUGUGCAAUGAACGUUCGGAAUACAUCGGGGAUCGUAAGAUGAAGUCGCGCCCGCGAUCCCCGGCUGCGAGUUUGAAACCCUGCUCCGUCGAUCUGUCCGGCGAUAAAGUGAAACUAGAUGCCGCCAUGAAACUCACUCGCUUGGAGGACUUGAAUCAAAAUGGAAAUCGUUAUUUCGAAGACGCCGGAUUGGCUGCUGAUUUGCCUGCCCCCGUUUUGAAAAUAUCUCUUGGACCGAACGGGAGUGGUACAGUUGUAAAUUUACACGCGACCAGGAAGUCGAAGCGCGAAAAGAAAUCAAAGCGACAUUGGGACGAAGAUCUUUUGUAUCCCGAUGAAAAGAACCCGAAGAAGCGGAAGAAAAAACGAGGGAAAAGUUCUCGCGAUUCUGAUUCUGUUCAGCAUAUUGGAAUCGAUCUGGACCCAGCAGAGAAUGAGGAAUCCUCCAGUGAUGAGCCCCGAUCGUCUGAGCUUCGAUUCUUGCUGCGGGAAGAGGUUGGACCGUGUCAAGAAUUGGUUUUUGUUCCCCAAGUCAACGUGGCUUCUUGA